AUGCUUGGGGCUAACAGCUCCAGCCUGACACCAAGGUACUUCAUCCUUAAUGGAAUUCCUGGGCUGGAAUCCACACACAUCUGGAUCUCCCUGCCAUUCUGCUUCAUGUACAUCAUUGCUCUCAUGGGCAAUUGUGGGCUCAUCUACCUCAUCAGCCAUGAGGAGGCCCUGCACCGACCCAUGUACUACUUCCUAGCCUUGCUGUCCCUUACGGAUGUUACUGGGUGCACAUCAUUUGUCCCCAAUAUGUUAUGUAUCUUUUGGUUCAAUCUGAAGGAGAUUUACUUUAACGCCUGCCUUGUGCAGAUGUUUUUCAUCCACAUGCUGACAGGCAUGGAGUCUGGUGUGCUCAUGCUUAUGGCUCUGGAUCGCUAUGUGGCCAUUUGCUACCCUCUGCGCUACUCCACCAUCCUCACCAACACUGUAAUUAUCAAGGUCGGGCUUGCCACCUUCACUCGAAGUGUGUUGCUCAUGAUCCCAUUUACUCUCCUGAUCAAGCGUCUUCCCUACUGCAGAGGCAACCUCAUUCAUCACACCUAUUGUGACCAUAUGUCUGUGGCUAAAUUAUCCUGUGGCAACAUCAAGAUUAAUACUAUCUAUGGUCUCAUAGCUGCCAUAUUGAUUGGGGGGUUUGAUAUGUUCUGUAUCUCCAUAUCUUAUACCAUGAUUAUCCGUGCCGUAGUGAAUUUAUCAUCUGCAGAUGCUCAGCACAAAGCCUUCAGCACCUGCACAUCUCACAUAUGCGCUAUUGUCAUUACCUAUGUCCCAGCCUUCUUCAAUUUCUUCACUCACCGCUUCGGGGGAUGCACCAUACCUCACCAUGUCCACAUUUUUAUAGCCAACCUCUAUCUGUUGUUGCCCCCCACCUUGAAUCCAAUUGUCUAUGGAGUGAAGACCAAGCAGAUUCGUGAAGGAAUGAUCAAACUGUUUUCCAGAGAGAAAGAUAUAUUUAGUAUGAGAUAA